AUGGCUGCCUCUUUACCUGCGAGCACAACUGACUCUCUUCCCUUUCAACAGCCCGUUUGCCAGAAUUGCCAGACCUCGACGACGCCACUAUGGCGACGCGACGAGCAGGGUUCCGUGCUUUGCAAUGCCUGCGGCUUGUUCCUGAAGCUGCACGGUAGACCGCGCCCAAUCUCUCUCAAGACCGAUGUUAUCAAGAGUCGGAACCGUGUCAAGGCCAACCAGCCGCCUAAGAAGAAGGUUUGUCGACGUCCCGCUGUGACGAGAAUACAUGCUCAUAAUUCAUCGCAGCUCGAAAAUGGCCUUCCGGCAACCCAAACCGCCGACAUGAUCACUCCGCAAAACCGCCGAGUCUCCCACAUGGCCGCCUCUGUAACUUCGGAGCGCUCACACUCCCCUAUCUCCAGGACAGGCACCCCAGGAAUGCACGACCCCAACAUCGCGCCUCAGCAUAUGUUUGACAGCGUCCAUCUCGGUGACCAGCACUUCGGCGGCUCCCCAUCUCUACCUCCACUGAACCUCAAUCAGCCAUCGCCUACCAACAUCGACAGCAGUGGCAGCUAUGAAGCUCUCAUGGCCGCCAACACCAACUUGCGCACCCGUGUGUCCGAGCUCGAGGUCAUCAACAUGGUCUAUUCGGACAACGAGAAUAGCUUGCGGUCCGAGCGCGACCACGCCGUACGUGAGCGAGACGAGCUGAAGCGCAAGGUCGAGGAGCUGGAAAAGCAGUUGCAGGAUGCAAACGAGUCGGCUCACCCUAACAAGCGAACCAAACUCUCGCACGAGGAGUCUACAUCGACCGAGGACGCUCUAGCUGACGAAUGA